GCUCGCUCACUGUCCGCAAGAGUCAGCUACAGCCACUUAGAGACAAUCUCUGACAAAUAUUCUUAUUCAAAGGAGGAAAACGCCAAGACUUCUGACAUCUCUUGUGUAUUUUGGCGGGGUGACAUAAAACUAUCCAAAGCGACAUGUGGAUUUACAAAAUUUUGCUCUGUGUGGCCGUUUUGGUUUACUCAGAAACGAAGAGGCAUGCCCUGCAAGACUACCAGAAGACUGAUGCCGUGCACUUGGUCACGCCACCUGAUGUGUCCUACAUGUCCAAAGGCCGCAAGAUGAGUGUGGGAAAGUGUGCACGUCGCUGUAGUCGCAACAGGAAGCUUCAGUUCACCUGCAGAGCAUUCAACUUUGAUCAGAAAACAGCAAAGUGUCAUUUACUCUCCUAUGACAGCCUCACUGUCGGUGUCCGUACAGAGAAUGACUUCAACUUUGACCUAUAUGAGAAGAAAGACUUCAUGAGAGAAUGCAUCAUUGGCAAUGGACUCAACUACAAAGGAAAGAGAUCGGUGACCAAGAGUGGAGUCCAAUGCCAACUCUGGAAUUCCAAAACGCCGCAUGAACACAAUUUCUUACCCCAGAGGCACAAGCACAGAGAUCUACGGGAUAAUUUAUGUCGUAAUCCAGACAACACCACAACAGGUCCUUGGUGCUUUACCACAGACCCCAGAAUACGCCACCAGGAGUGCAGCAUCCCACAAUGCUCGGAGGGUGAGUCCAAGAAAAUGGAAUGCAUGACGUGUAAUGGAGAAAGUUACCGUGGACCAUUGGACCACACGGAGAGCGGCCGGGAAUGCCAGCGCUGGGACCUUGAUGAACCACAUAAACACCUUUUCCACCCUAAAAGAUACCCCGAUAAAGGUCUAAAGGACAACUACUGCAGGAACCCAGACGGGCGCCAGAGACCCUGGUGUUUCACCACCGAUCCGAGCACUCCAUGGGAGUACUGUAACAUCAAACAGUGCGAUUCAGACAACGGUGGUGACAUUGACAACACAACAACUUGUUUCCGUGGACGUGGAGAGGGUUAUCGUGGAACGGUUGGCAUCACCCCCGAUGGAGUGACUUGUCAGAGAUGGGAUGCCCAGUUUCCCCAUCGACACUCUUAUACUCCACAGAAUUACCGUUGCAAGGAUCUCCGGGAGAACUACUGUAGGAAUCCUGACGGUCGUCAUCUCCCAUGGUGCUUCACAACUGACCCCAGUGUACCAGUGGCAUUCUGCACUAACAUCCCUCGCUGUGGCGAUACACUAUCUGAACCUGAAGAGUGUUAUAUGGGCAUUGGUGACACAUACAAUGGAAAACGGGCAAAAACACGCUCUGGCAUCCCUUGUGCUCCAUGGAAAGACCACAGAGAAAGUAACGAAAGAGAUGUCGACUUGCUGAUGGCUGAACAGGCGGGGAACUUCUGCAGAAACCCGGACAAGGACAAACAUGGCCCGUGGUGUUAUACCAACAGCUCAUCUAUCCCCUGGGAUUACUGCUCUCUCAAACCCUGUGAGCCCUCACAUAACAAUCUGCCACAAAAAGAUGAGGGUACAAAGACCUCAUGUUUUGUUCACAAGCAGGUGAGAAUCGUCGGUGGUGGGCCUGUCCUUAUUAAAGAAGGCACCUGGAUGGUCAGCAUACAGAAAGGGAGCACUCACUGGUGUGGAGGUUCUCUGGUCAGGGAGGAGUGGGUGCUGACAGACAGACAGUGCUUCUCGUCAUGUGUGCCUGACCUAUCAGAGUACAUAGUUUGGCUUGGUAUAUCCCAUUUGAACGAGUCGGGUGAGAAUGACUUCCACAGACAGGAGAGGAGAAUCUCACAUGUCAUCUGUGGCCCGGAAGGCUCUAGUCUCGCCCUGCUCCGACUGACUCAACCUGCACUCCCAAGAGAGCGUGUCAGAAUUAUUCAGCUGCCCGUAGCGGACUGCAGCAUUCAGGAGGACACCAUAUGCUCUGUGUACGGCUGGGGUGAGACCAAAGACACUGGACAUGAGGGAACGUUGAAAAGAGUUCAUCUGCCCAUAGUGAGCAAUGAACGAUGCCAGCAGCUUCACGAAGAGACAAUUCCGAUUACCAGUUCAAAACUGUGUGCUGGUGGCAGGAGAGAUGAAGGAGUGUGUGAGAAAGACUAUGGUGGCCCUCUAGUAUGCCAAGAGAGUAACAGUAAAGUCAUUGUCGGCGUGAGCAUAAACGGCAGAGGAUGUGCCCGACGCAACCGACCGGCCAUUUUCGUGAACGUGGCCUUCUAUACUGGAUGGAUUCAUAAAGUGUUCAGAAAUUAUCCGAACUCAGAACUAAACAACUGAUGGAGAAUAAGCAGGAUUGAACCUACGAUCUGAGAACAAAAAUUCUGAAUCUCCAUAAAUCCGACAGUUAAUUUCUUGAUUUAAGGAUCACCUGAACAGAUCUUGUUGAAAAAGUUAUUGGGAACUUUCCCAGCUUGGCCGAGAAACAUAUAUUCAGAAACUACUCAAAGAGCUAGAACUGCGGCUGAAACUGUUGCUCUGAAUUCAAGCAAUUUGUACACCUAAUAAUGCCAGAACCGCAGAGCAAGGCGCUGGGAGACAGUCUCUAAAGUCUAAAUUCGCAACUAGCCAUACGGAAAGAUAAAGACUACUGGACCGAAGUGCGGACGAGCAGCCAGAAUCUGUUUCAAGAAUCAAUAGCAAUUCCUGGCCACCAACCAAAAACCUCAAGUCCUCGAAGAGAAAUCUUGCUGCAGUGCGCUACAAAGCAUUCGUAUGUACAUUCAUCCCACACAUUAACCAUCAAACUAACAAUCUGGACUUCAGUUGGGAUAUUGGAUUCAGAGACCUAACCCAAGUUUGAGUCUGGAUUCAGACCAGGACUUGAUAUAUGGAUACAAACUCCCAGAUCCCAACAGGAAUCUGCCGUUCCCUCCUUUAGAAGCGUUCAAAGCUGACCGACGUACACAUUUCGGCCGCUCCUCAUCGAGAAAGAGGGCUGUUAUGAUUACAAGUGCUUGUUGAUAUAAAAUGCUCAUUAACAGUGUCAUUCAAAAAGCCCCUCGAUAAAGUAUUAGCUGUUAGCUGUUAGCUAAAUGCAGAACAUCUUAUGGGUAAAAGUAUACACAGAAGGCUUUUUUGCGUUUGUGCUCCUGAUAAUACUUGAAAACACACGAGAGAGGUCACUGUGUCCCUCAAUAACACCUCCUCGUGUCGCCAUUACAGAUUGUCGUUUGGUCAGCGUAGGUGUUUAUAUAGUCAGAGGUGUUCCUUCCAUUUCCAGUGUUGAUAUUUUGUCCGCAAGCCUGAACAGAGAUGACAUGACCUGCUUGUAGUGACAUGCAGCAAAAAAUCGUAGUUGUCAUAACAUAUCAGCAUCUGAGGUUCCCAUACACUCUGUUUGGUUUAGAGCAGAAUUCAGAGGAGGAUUUGGAAAUGUGUGUUGUAAAUACUGUGGUCAUGGGAGUGGGGUAAUCACUCCCAGUUCUUUCGUAGGUCUCAUAGACCUUUAUAAGAGGUUGGCCUCCUCCAUUCCAGUGUCCUCAUUGGGUGGUUUUAUAUAUUUGUAAAUAUAUCUGUAUUAAUUCCAAAUGCACAUUUUGUCAGUUGUGAAACGAGUGUGAUAUUUUAUGUUCGUGUGCGUGUGUAUGCGAGGGUGUGUAAUGCUGCAAAGAUGCAUUAAGGCCGAAACGUGCAUCUCUGCAGGACAGAGAGCAAAGCAAGCGCACAUCUUGUGUUCUUGUAGACAUCGGCAUAAAGGGGAAAUUUACCGAUUAAUUUAGCUGUUUUUCAGAUCAGAGCCGGUGUAAGAUAAAUCCGAGUGAUUUUCUCUCUUGUGUGGUCUUGGAUCACUCAUUCCGCGAGCGCCUCGUUCCCUCGCGCUGGCCUGCCUCCAAAAACAAUCAGCUUGGGAAAUUACCUCCAAAGAUCAUGUCGGCUUAAACAAAUAGUUCUCUGAGUGAUGGCUCGUAAGUGUUUGUAUUCCAGCCACUCCCGAUGCUAAUUAUGUUGGUUAAAAUGAAGGAUGAGUUUAAUUUGUAAGAGUCCUGAGGCACAAGUCCUUAUGUAAGGACGUUGUUGAACACAUUGAGAUUAGUGUUACUAAAGUACAAGACAAGGCAAAAGAGCCCUUCAGUGUUACCUCAUUUGGUUUUAACAUUUAUCAAAACAAAUGUUUUCAUGUAAUAGAGGUUUUUUUUUUUUUUUUUACUUUGGAACAAUACGAAACCUGUGUUUGAGGAAACCUAGAAGCUGCUGGAUGAUAAAGCGGCUUGUUCUGAACUUUUUGGGAAGACACAUUGAGGGGCAGUAUUUUGGUGUGAAAUCUGCAUCGCAUAAUCAAAUUUAAUGAGGCGAUAAAGUCAUUGUCAUUAUUUUCAGUGCAAGCAUACCUCCUUUAUAUAUAUGCAAAUUAGGGUAAUUAUGGUGUGUGUAUUAUUCACAAAACCCACCAAUAUUUGCCUGCCACAAUUGACGUUCCGGUACUGGAGUUAAACAGAAUUUCCUUUUCUAGAGAUGUUUGUGUACAUUCUCUAUUGAACAUAGCAGUACAGAUUUAGUUUGCACUGUUACUUAAUUUACAAAAUGCCUUUUUGAAUCAGGAGCUAAAACUUGUAAAAAAAAAAAAAAAAAAAGUGCUUUGUUAAAUCAUAAUUAUGACAUAAAAAUUAAAAAAACUAAAUUAUGACAAAAAACAUCAUGAUUAUGAGAUCAACAGCCAUAAUUUUAAUUCAAAUGAUAUAAUUGUAGUUCAAAUGACAUAAUGUAUAAUUAUGAGAAAGAAUAAGUGAUUAAGUCAUUCAUGAGAUAAAAUCAUAAUUUUGAGAUAAAAUUCAUUGACAUAAAAAGUCAAAAUUAUGACAAAAGUCAUAACUGAAAUAAUUGACUAAAAAGAUGUAAUUAUAACAUAAAAGUCAUAAUUAUGAGAUAGUUGAUCAUAUUUGAGUCAAAUUUGAAAUACUCUAAAUUAUGACAGGAAAUGUCAAUUGUGAAUUUAUUUAUUUAUUUUUUAUUUGAUGACAGUCAGUUAUGACAGGCAUAAUUAUGAGAUAAAUCAUUAUGACAUAGAAAGUCAUAAUUAUGAGAACAUCUUAUAUUUUAUAGUGAUAUUUUAUAAAAUAUAAAUAUAUAUUUUAGAUAAAUUAUGACAUAAAAAGUCAAUUAUGCCAAAAAGUUGAAACUGACAGUCAGUAUCAUAUCAGAUCAAGUUGAAAUGGACAUUAAAAAAUGUAAUUAUGACAGUCAAAACUAUGACAUAAAAAAGUCAUAAGUAUGAUAUAAAAAUUCAAAAGUAUGAUUUUUUUUUUGUCAAUUUCAGUGUGUUUUUGACUGAUGACAUUUAUCUCAUAUUAACUUUUUAUGUUAUAAUGUUGAAUUUUCUCAUAAUCUUGACUUUUCAUCUCAUAAAUAUGUUUUUCCUUUUUAUAUCAUAAGUCCUAAGUAUGUAUCAUAAGUAUGAUUCACCAAAGCAUCUUGUACUUUAUGUGGCAGAAAUGGGCUUAAUGGGCUUCCAGGCAGCGCAUGAAAAAAAAAAAAAAAAAAAAAAAGCAUGUGCACUUCAACUCUCAAAUUCUCCCCUUAGUGUCUGAAAAAGGCCUGUGGCCCACCAGAGUUCAUGUUUUUUUCGAUCGAUUGCUCCUCUCUCUGAUGUUUGUAUGUGAGAAAGACGGCAGGUGAAUGUAUAGUGAGCUGCUACGGACAAUGUAAAGUUGUAAAAUGUUGUCUUUGUACAGUGUGUUUAAUAUCUCACCUAUUCAUGUACAGUAAUAUUCAUACUCAAUGUAUUAUUCGCCUCCUAUACCAACAACACUAUUUAUCAACUUUGCCUGUGUUUGUGUUUAUUAAUAUAUAUAUAUAUAUAUAUAUAUAUAUAUAUAUAUAUAUAUGUGCCUUUACUUCAGCAUAUCCGGCAAGUAUCUCUCGAAUAGCAAUAAAAAAGAUGAAGAAAGCGAGAAAAGAAUAGUAAUAAUAAAGAAAGUUUGCCCACACAUCACUAAAAGUGGAAGGAUCUUGCUGACUUGAUAGACGGAAAUGUUUGUGUAUGUCUCCCAAGUGCUUUAUAUAUGAGAUUUUGUUCAUCAUUUAGCAGAUGCCCUGUCAUCAAAACCAUUUUACAGUAUACUGAAUCCACAGAUGGUCCAGAACAGCCUGGGGUAAAGCACACCGAAUUGAGAUUUGUUUUACCCUUGAGUUUUAUA